CAAGACUUCACCUCUCUCCCUAAUUUCUGUUAUUCUAUUCACUACGUCUCAACUCUCUCUCUCUCUCACUCUGUAACUUUUUGUUCUCUGUCGAGUAUUCGUUGAAUGAUGAUCUUCAAGUCAUGAGACAAUCGCUUCAUACUUAGAUUAAGUUUAAUUCGUCGAAAUCACUGUAUCUGUUUUAUUUUUUAUUAUAGAUUUCAGCUCAAUAUUUUCCUUCUCCAAACUAUCAGAAAAAUGGCUGGACAAGCUGUUGCCAAUCGGCCUGCAUCAUCAUUUGAGUUUGAGCUUGUUGAAGGAGACUCUGGUGACAGUAGCACUGUUAUUGCAGCACCUAACCAGAAUACCCCGUGGAUCGACCCAACUACAAUCAAGCUAAGGCACCGAAUUGGAAGAGGGGCUUUUGGUGAUGUUUGGCUGGCGACUCAUCACCGAGUGUCAUCAGAUUAUGAGGAGUAUCGUGAAGUUGCUGUUAAAAUGUUGCAUUCGGUGAAGGAAGAUAACAUUAGGGAUGUUUUGAAUAGGUUGGACAGUAUAAUUUCCAAGUGCCAGGGGUUGGAAACAGUUUGUUUGCUCCAUGGGCUUUCUGUUAUAAAUAAGAAAAUAUGCAUCAUUAUGAAAUUUUAUGAGGGCUCAGUUGGGGAUAAAGUGGCUCGUCUUAAAGAAGGGAAGCUGACACUAAGUGAUGUUCUGAGGUAUGGGGCUGAUCUGGCUCAGGGAAUAAUGGACCUGCAUGCUAAAGAAAUCCUUGUUCUCAACCUUAAACCUUUUAAUUUCCUUUUGAAUAGCAAUGGCCAGGCUAUUGUUGGCGAUAUUGGUAUCCCUUAUGUGCUGCUGGGUAUUUCAUUGCCCAGUCCAGACAUAGCUCGACGGCUUGGUACUCCCAAUUAUAUGGCUCCCGAGCAGUGGCAGCCAGAUGUAAGAGGGCCAAUAUCAGUCGAGACCGAUUCAUGGGGAUUCGGUUGCAGUAUUCUAGAAAUGUUGACCGGAAAACAACCCUGGACUGGUAAAUCAAUUGAGGAAAUUUAUAAAUUGGUCGUUACAAAACAAGAAAGACCUCAAAUUCCCACCGGACUUCCUCCUGCUGUUGAGAAUGUCAUUAAUGGCUGUUUUGAGUAUGAUUUCAGGAGUCGCCCUGUCAUGGCAGAUAUUUUGCUUGCUUUUAAGAGUUCGCAGAACGUGGUUAGCCAGGAAGGCGGCGGCUGGACAGGUGUCGCAAGCCGAAUGGUCCGUGAAAAACCAGGCGGCAUCGGCUACACAGAGUGGUUCCUCGCAAAAGACCACCUCCAAGUUGGCGACAUGGUCCGGUCCCGAAAAUCCCCAAAUUCCCGAAACCCAAAAAACAUGGAAGUCCCCGAGGGCAUUGUAGUGGGCCUCGAACGCGACACGGACCAAAACGGGUUCAUCCUCGUCAGAGUCCAUGGGAUCCACGACCCAAUUCGGACCCACGUGUCCACACUCGAGCGCGUCACGUUUGGCCUGACAGCUGGCGACUGGAUUCGCCUGAAAAGGGAAGACAAACGCCACUCGCCAGUCGGGAUCCUCCACGCCGUGAAUAGGGACGGGAGUGUGACGGCCGCGUUCAUAGGCCUUGAUACGCUGUGGAGAGGUGACUACUCGGAGUUCCAGAUGGCGAAGCCUUAUUGGGCGGGAGAGUUUGUGAGACUCAAGGCAAGUGUGUUCAGCCCUCGAUUCGAGUGGCCGAGGAAAAGAGGUGGAGAAUAUGUGGCUGGGAGAAUAUGUCAGGUUCUGCCUAACGGGUGCCUGGUCGUGAAUUUUCCGGGGAGGCUGAUGGUGGGGCGAGGGAGCUUUUUAGCCGACCCUGCUGAGGUGGAGCUCGUGUCUUUCGAGACUUGUCAGGGGGUGGUGAGGAAGUAUGAGCAUUUGGAGGAUUUUCAUUGGGCCGUGAGGCCACUGCUGAUGGCCUUGGGCCUGUUUACUGCGAUGAAGUUGGGCUUUUUUGUUGGGAGGAGAGUUGGGCCCGGGAGGUCGAGGGCGAAGAAGGGGAAUGAGGAUAAGAGUGCGGAGGCUGAGGGAGGUGGGAAGGGUGGUGCGUGGCGGCAUACCAAGGUGGUUAAGAUCUUCAGGUGAUUGAUGCUUUUUCUUUAAUAACUAAAUAUUUAAUGUCUUAUUUUACUGCUGGCAAGAGGUUGAUUUUAUGGAACUUAUUUGGGUUUGGGAAGUUUGGGACUUUUCGUUUUAAUAGGUUGAUUCGUAGGUGACUGAAACAUAUGUGUGGACUGGGGACUUGUUUUGUUUGUGUAAAUAGAUGGUUGGUGUCGUUUACUUUAAGGAUGUUCAGUUGAAUGAAUGUUAAUGGGAGUUUUAAAGAUGUUUGUAAUUAUGUUAAAACAUCAGCAAUAGAUAUAUUCUAAAUGAGAUCUAUCAUGGCACGAGAUGGCAG